AUGAACAUGGAGCAACAAGUUAGCGAUAAGAAAACAACAAAAACAUUGCUCGAAGAGGAUUAUGACACCGGUCAGCUCAACGCUGUGGCCUCGAAGUGGAUUCGAGACUUCCUUUUUAUCGGCGUUUGUCGUCGCUUUAGAGAGCAAAAUCAAGAUGCGUUCAAGGACGCCAUCUCAACUUACAAAUCCGUUUCUCAAACGCCCUUACUUGAGGCAGGAAGCUCAGAUAGGAAAGGACAAAUCUGUGACUUCCUUGCCAGGGUCAUACAAGGAAAGCAGUUGGGCACCCGUUUUGAGGAGGACGACGACGAAAGUGUGAUGCCUCUAAUGUCCGCAGCCAAAGUUUGGUUUUACCUCAAAGAUGUCGUGGAGGAUGAAGGCUUGUUUGAUAACGUCACACUUCUACUGAUUAUACAGUCUGUAGCCGUAUGCUUGGAGAAAGGUCAAAAAAAGCAAGCCACCGGCGCUCUUAAGUGGUUCGAGGAGCACGUGGAAUACCCGCGCAAAGUGGGAGCCAAGCUCGCCACAAUCGUGGCACAGAUGGACACCUACCACCAGUUUCUCACAGUGUUCAGUUUCGCGCGACUGCUGGAGUCGGUGCAGACCUUCUUGCACGCCUACCUAGCCAAGCAUCCGUCCGACUUCCUUCUCAAGGAAGCCAUCACAGCGGUCCAGUCGGCCCAAAAUACAGACGCUACAGACGGUGUGGCCAAAGAGGACAAGUCAUUCCUGGAGGCGAUCAACCGCUCAAAAUUAAAGACAAAAGCGGAAGAGAACAUUGAAGUCGUCUCAAACAAGAAAUCACGCUUGUCAAUCAAAUUACAAUCAGUAAACGAGUUUCUAACGUCGGAUGUGUCGAGCGAUGGUGGACACGAGCAAAGCGUGGACUCUUUGGGAGAUACCAUUCUCUCCACCGGGGCUGACCAGUCGCAAAAUGACGACGACCGACUUGAACAUAAUCGCCUCUCAAGAAAAAAGUCCCGUGGCCGAAGACUGUACUCUAGUAACUCGUCACAGCUGGACGCAUCACCAGACCAAUCCAGCAUCCGGAAAGAGAACGCCCGCUUUUCCAGUGACGACAAGGCCAACCAAUCAGGGGUGACCACUACAAAGAACAAACGCAAACUUUUUUCCGCUCGGAACAAAAUGUGGGAGCCAGACGCUCAGGUGAAGGCACAGGUUUUCGUCAGACCACUGACAAAAAGAGAUCUAAACAAUUCCUCUGUCAGUCAAGGGAGGCGUCAGCGGACGAAAUGGACAUCCGCGCUAGACGAAAAACUGGUGAGAGGGGUCAAGCGUCAUGGUAAAGGCAAGUGGUUACAAAUUCUGCAGGAUGAUGACUUUGAGGGCCGCACUGGCGUCAUGCUCAAGGACCGCUGGAGGGUUCUGGAGAAAGCUGACAAAGUGGACUAA